AGGGACACAUCAACAAAUGCUAACUUUCUUUUGACCCCGGAGAAUCACCGUGUUCACUAUGUCCUCUUUAUUUGAGCAUGGAUUGAUCAGGACUGCCGCAGUGGAGAGGGUGGUCGCCCCAAUCGCAAGUCAUUUGUGCCAUUUGGUGCUGCUGUGUGACGGUGCAGAGGACCCUGAGCACUUCACCCAGCUGGAGGGUGCAGCCCAGGCCGUGGCUAAAGCGACUGAAAACAUGGCAGCAGAGGCCUCCAGGGUAAUCCGUGACACAGAGGAUGAGGUUUUGCACAUGGAGAUGUCGUCCCUGUUUGAGUCUGUCACUGUGUCUGGACAACACGUGCUGCUGGCGGCCCAGAAACUCAACAUCCAGCCCAGUCUGACUGAGCACAGAGAGGAACUCAUCACGGCAACACAGAAUGUCUUCCUGGGAGUAGUCAAAGUUCUGUUAGUGGACGAUGAUGCAAAUAUCAGGAGAGUGGUAGCUGCUUCUGAUCAGGUUUUGGAGUGCCUCUCUGAUCUCGGCUCCUCCAUAGACAUCAAGUCUCUACUCAAAUAUUUCCAGGUGUUUUCUGAGGCUCUGCUUCUUCUCCAUAGUCUGACAAUGGAGAGAGCAAAUGCCUUACAGGACCCAAGACAAACCAAACAGCUUCUAGAUUCCUUAGAGACCCUGAGGCGGUGCGUCUCCAUGCUGCACACGGCCAUGUGUACCACCAUCAAACAUCCAACAAGUGAGGAGGCGCAGGCUGCCAAGAGGUACAUCCUGGACAAGAUCUCAGAUAUAAUCAGCAGGGCGAGGCUCAUGGUGGAGACUCACUACAUUUGUGACACACUCAGUCUGGAUGUGCAGAUAAAGUGUUGGUCAGCCAAAGCUCACUAUGUGGUGGAGGAGGUCAGGAAGCAGGAUGGGAUUCACCAAGAGGCAAAAGAGCAAAUCAUGAUGGGUCUACAGGGCAAAACAUAUGAGGAUGUCAGAGAAGUCUUGGCUACAGUGCCAUCUAAAGACAAAGAGGUGGAAUUUCGCUCUGACACGACAAUGACAUCCUGGCAGAAAAGCCACACAGAAAGUGUUAAUACUGCAGAACCCAAUAGGAACAUGGAAGCUGUGGCCAAAUUCAGACCUGGAAAUGUGGAAAAAUAUGAAGGUGUCUGGUUUGGCGCAUACAAAGAGACUCCCUCGUUGACACACACGUCGCUUUUUCUUAAGCAAGAAAGUGACAGCUGGGAUCCCAAGGACAACCGAAUUGUCCAGGUGACAAGGAAGAUGGCUGACACCCUAUGUUAUAUGACUCAGUACUUGAAGAAGAAAGGACCAAUACCGAAUAAAGAGGCAUUUGUCACUGCAGCCAAAGAUUUGAUCUCAAACAGCCAGUCAGUAACUCAGUUCCUCAGAGUUAUUGCCAACCACUGCCAGGAUAAACAGUGCACAGUUGAACUUUCCCUCGUAGUUGAGCAGAUUCUAACCAUCACCAACCAGCUCAACAUCAUCUCCAGUGUCAAUGCUGUAACACCUGGCUGCAAAUCAUCUGAUGAGAUCCUGGUGAAGAACACUCAGAAUCUACUCCAAACUGUCCUGCGAGGGGUCCACGCGGCAGAGUCAGCCUGCAUCACUGGUUUGAGGCAACCGGAGCCAAACUCAGAUGGUGCCGAGGCUACAACCUUGUGUUUUCAGUGGAUGAGGACAUUAGAGAUCCAUCGAGCCCAGCAGACCUCCAACCUAGAGACUGAUGACCUGGGUUUGAGGAAGACUUCGUCCCACACUGUAGUGCCCAGUCUUGCCUCGCCAGUUGGCUACAAGUAGUACUUAUAAACAGUUAUGGCAAGCCAUUUGAGUAUGUAUUCCAUAUCCUUGAUAUUAGACGGCAGC